AUGGCCGUCUCGACCAAUGAGUUGGCAAUUCUUGCUAUUGUUUUACUCGUCACCGCGGUGGCCUUCUACGCCAAUGGCACUCGGCGUGCCCCCUUACCGCCUGGACCUCGCGGAAUCCCAUUCCUCGGCAACAUGUUUCAAUUCAACGUGAUUCGUCCCUACCCCCAGUAUCUGAAGUGGGCACAAAAAUACGGCCCUGUAUUCUCUAUCAAACUGGGCAGCCAACGCAUCAUUGUGCUGAGCACCUCCGAAGCAGCGGACGAACUGUUCGUCACCCGCAACAAGCUGUAUUCCAGCCGCGAGCCCUCGCACGUCGGGUCCGACCUGCUGAGCGACCAGCAAUGGAUGGUGCUCAUGCCACACGGCCGAGAGUGGAAGGUCUGUCGGACAUACCUUCCAGCAUCGACAGUUCGAGCUCACCUGUUGGCCGCUCUGCGCUGGCUGUGUGUUGUGAUAAACCAGAUCGUCAAGAAAAGUGUCCAUGGCAGUCUUGGCCCCAGUCCGUCCAAGCAAACGCGUAAGAUGCAAGAUCUAGAGUGCCGCGUCAUGCUGCAUGACUUGCUCUGCCACGGUGAGACUAGCAUCACAGAGGAAUUCGUCGAAGGACCGCACGGGAAGGUGCCGGAGAGGCAUUGGUUCUCUAUCAUAAGACGAUACACGACCAGCCUGAUGAUGACCCUUGUGUAUGGCCGUCGCAUCCAUCGCAUUGUGGAGAACCCGGAGCUCCAUAAAGUCUAUCACAUGAUGUCUAAUUUCACACAUGUGUCACAGCCUGGACGAUAUUUGGUGGAUGCACUCCCUAUCCUACGCUGGCUACCCGACAUUAUGGCUCCAUGGAGAGCAGAGGGAAAGAGGAUGCACGAAUGGGAGAUGGGUUUCUGGGGCAAGCUGUUCGCCGACAGCCGGACGGCUUUUCUCAAUGGCACCGGGCUCAACGGGUUUGUUCAGUCCUAUCUGAGCGCACGUGCCGAGGCAGGACUCGAGGACCUUCCCGGUAAGGGUGCAACAGAGGACGGGGCAGGUUGGAUGCGCGACAAGCUUAUCACAUACACGGCUGUGUCCAUCAUCGAGGCUGGCUCGGACACGACCUCGACCGCCGUCUUCUCGUUCGUGCUGCUCAUGCUCAGCAACCCGGACGCUCUGCGGCGCGCGAAGGAAGAGAUGGGCGCGGUGGUAGGCUCUAGCCGCAUGCCCGGCUGGGAGGACGAAGAUAGGUUACCUUGGCUCAAAGCUUGCAUCAAGGAGACGCUGCGACGCGCACCCCCGCUUCCCUUGGGUAUCUCGCACAUGGCAGACGAGGACGACAUUUAUAACGGCUACCUUAUUCCCAAAGGAUCUGCACCAGAGCGAUUCUACAAUCCAGACGGAAAGUUGAAUUGGGCCAGUGGUCCUGACACCCACAAUCGCGACCACUACAUAUCCGGGUGGGGCAGACGCUUCUGCCCAGGAAAAUAUGUUUCAGAGGCGUCGAUGUUCAUUGUUUUGUCUCGUCUCAUCUGGGCCUUCGACUUCUACGCGGCGUCGGAUCCGCAGACUGGGAAAGCGAAGUUGCCUAAUGUCAAUAACGUGGACACAUUCACAGACGGACUUGUGACUGCCCCGAAGAUUUACCCUGUUGGAUUCAAGCCACGGUCUGAGAAGCACGCCGAGAUGAUCAAAGCAUCGUAUAGAGAUGUGCAGAAUGACUGGCAGUCUAUGGGGCUGGCUGGAGAUGAGCGGUGA